GUAGAGUUGCAGAGAGCAUGCGCAGUGCAUCUCGGCGGGUAGAGGGGUUUCAGCGCUCUUUUGUUUGGCGGGAGGCGGAUCGAAAACGAGAGGGCCUUUUCCCAGCCGUUGCUCUCUCCUUUCAAACGCAGCCUUGCUUUUCCCCCGACUGCAGCCGAGGCUCUUCUGCUUCUCCGUGCUUGUUUUUACGUUUCCAUUUCGUGAGGUGUUGGCGGGGCUAACCAAGGUAUGCAGAUCCAAAGAGUUAAACAGACACUGUCAGUGAUGCUGAUAAGAGCAGUAUCUGCAACCCUGCUCAAUUGUUUCAGGAGCUCUUCAUUGAACACUCAAUCAUUUUGCUGCUCCUGAUACCUCCUUUAAACUGCAAAGCUGGCGAGCACAAUGGGAAAAAAGCAAAACAAGAAGAAAGUGGAGGAGGUCUUGGAAGAGGAAGAGGAGGAAUAUGUGGUGGAGAAAGUUCUUGACAGGCGGGUAAUGAAAGGCAAAGUGGAAUACUUGCUGAAGUGGAAAGGCUUUUCAGAUGAUGAUAAUACAUGGGAGCCAGAGGAGAAUCUCGACUGCCCUGACCUAAUUGCAGAAUUCCUGCAAUCCCAGAAAACAGCACAUGAAACUGACAAGUCAGAGGGAAGCAAGCGCAAGGCUGAGUCAGAUUCCGAGGAUAGGGGGGAAGAAAGCAGACCAAAGAAAAAAAGAGAAGAGGCUGAAAAGCCUCGAGGAUUUGCAAGAGGGUUUGAGCCAGAACGGAUUAUUGGUGCCACAGAUUCCAGUGGGGAGCUCAUGUUCCUAAUGAAAUGGAAAAACUCAGAUGAAGCUGAUCUGGUUCCUGCCAAGGAAGCUAACAUCAAGUGUCCACAAGUGGUCAUUUCAUUUUAUGAGGAAAGGCUCACAUGGCACUCUUAUCCCUCAGAGGACGAUGAUAAGAAGGAUGACAAGAAUUAAUCUGCUUGUCUUUCUGUCUUCAUCCCUCCUUUGGCUGACUUUUGUAUUAAAAUACCAGACUCUGGGUUUGAACAUAAGGGAGAAGUGAAGAAGCUCUUGGCUGAGGAGGAUGCACUCUGUAGAAACAGGACAAGAUUUCUCCCUAUGACAGUGUGUUUAUGUUUAUAUAUAUAUGUAUAAAACAUAUAUAUUCAUAUAACAUAUAUAUUCAUAAUCUGUCACCUUUAUUGGAAGAAUGAAGGCCACCAACAGAAACAGCAGGUGGAGGUGGCAUGUUCUCUAAAGGUCACCUGAAAUUUACAGUCUUUUUCUCAAAUAGUGUUAACAGCAUUUUUAGCAUGUGUGUGUAGGUUUUGUUCCUUUUUUAGGGUAUUAUUUGUGUAUUGUUGGGGUGGGAAGUGUAGGUAUGUUCAACUGACUUGAGACAAAGAGUGGUUCACAGUAUUCUAUAGCCAGAGUCAUAAUUUUUUUAAAGAAAAAUUGCAUCUUAUUGCAAUUAAGUUACUCUUGAGUAAAAAUUCAAUUUUAAAUGAUGGAGCAAACGUGUCAAGUGAGACUGCAUUAAAAGUUGAGACUGCUAAUAAGAAUUAUGCAUCUAAAAUUAGGGAACAUGAAAAUUUAAACCCUGUAGUUGAACUGGCAACACCUUGUUCUAAAUAAUGCAUCUUUUUAAUUUCUUUUUCCACAAUUACCUUUUUUAGUUUCCUGUAUGUAUGUGAACUUGAGAAUCUAAAUGAGUGGUGGUGAGAAAGAAGAAAAAACUAUUUUCUACCGCACAAAUAAGUUGCAGAAUAUUCUGCAAACACUUUCUGUCAGACUUGGGCAUUAAUUACUUUCUUUGUCUUGGUCUGCCACCAAUUUUAAUGUAAGACUUCUGUUUUUACAAAGGAGAUAAUUUUACCAAUAACUAUGCUCAAAUCCUUUAAGCCACCAACUCCUUCACAGGGCAGUAUGUACGUAGAAUUGUAUUGUACAAAUCUUUUUUAAGAUAAAGCAUGUGUAGACUUCUGUGAAAAUGUUGUCUAAAAGUGUUUGGAUUUAACUUCAUAAUGAUCUGUCUUUUUGUCUUAAUAAAAUUUUAGAUUUAUAA